AUGCCCAUAAGUGUCAAGGAUUGCUUCAUGAUCAAGGGUCAAGCAUCCACCCUGGGUUACGUUUCAUAUCUUACCAAGCCCGUCUCGGACCACAAUUCUACUUUAAUAGACACACUCUUGGGCGCCGGAGCCGUGCUCUAUGUCAAGACAAAUGUGCCUCAAACCAUGCUGACAAUGGAAUCAGUGAAUCAUGUAUUUGGCCGAUCACUUAAUCCACACAAAUUGAACCUGACGGCUGGCGGAAGCAGCGGCGGCGAAGGAGCUUUGGUGGGCCUGAGGGGAUCUAUCCUAGGUGUCGGAACAGUCAUUGGCGGUUCCAUCAGAGCACCGUCGAUAUGCUGCGGUGCCUACGGGUUCAAUCCCACCGCCGACCGCAUUCCAUUUGGGAGACAACAGUUCUCCGCAAGAAAAGACUCUCCCGGUAUCGUCCCAUCCGCGGGCCCGAUUGCGUCCACCGCCGCAGACCUGUCACUGUUCUUCAAAGUCGUCAUCCAGAGCAGGCCAUGGACACGCGACUGGUCCUCACUAGCGGCCCUAUGGCGAGAAGUACCACGGCAGUUGUUGAAGGUUGGACUCAUGCUUGGCGAUAAGGACUAUCCACUCGCACCACCAGUCCAUCGUGCCCUGGAAUCAGCAGCUACGAAGCUCAAAACAGCUGGACAUCAUGUCACUCUAUGCCCGACCGUGCCAUCGAUCCGCAGGGCCGCGGUCAUUGCCGGGGGCUUUUCCAGCCUGGACAACGAGAUGACGCCCUUCUCACAUUUGGAAAAUGUCGAAGACCCAAUCGCGUAG